AUGAACAAUGAAACAACUCUGAUAUCCUUGAAGGAAGCAAUGAAAAGAGUAGAAAACAAACUUCAAGCUCUAGAUACACAGUUCAAAGAACUGGAUAUCACCAAGGAUAAUCUGACACAGAAAUUUGAACAUCAUAGGAAGACUUUAGCAAGCCAAACUGCCCAAGAUGAGCUAUGGACAGCAGUGCUGGCACUCAAGUUUACCUCAAUGGAAUUGAAUAUUUUAUACAGCUAUGUCAUUGAAGUCCUUAUCUAUUUGCAUACUCAAGUUCUUGAGAAGCUGCCAGACCUGGUGAGAGGUCUUCCCACCUUAGCCUCUAUCCUUAGGCGAAAAGCCAAGAAUAAGCACAUUCAAGUCGUGUGGGAGUCUGUCCUAGAGGAUUUGGGGCUGCAAGAGAGAGAUGUCAUGGUGCUCUGUACCUUCUUUAUUGCAUACGGUAACAAGGCAGAACACUUUGCUGCUAACGUGAGACAGAUGUACAUCAAGGAUAUUACAUACAUGAUCACCAACAUGGUAAAGAAUCAGGCUCUGCAGGAUGGUUUACUGAGGGCUGUUCAUAUCAUUGAGAAAGGGAAAGAAGUGAAGAUCCCUGAAGAGCAAAAGUUACCCCUAAAAGAGUUGAUACCAUCACCCAGAAACUAG